UUUUUUGUUUAUUUUAUCUUUAAUUUGACUAGAUAACAGAGUCGAUGAAACAUGUACCUAAUUUUGCUAUGUCAAUACCACUUGCCCAUUAUCACAUUGCAAGACGAGAUGGAGGAGACAUUGCAUCUGCAGAUUUAUUGCUCCAGGACAGUCUUCUGUUUUUCCCAAUGAUAUUGGUGCCACUCAUGGAUCAGUGCAGUGUCCAGUUGGAUAAAGAAGUGAGUGGUCACAGUUUUUUCAGCACAGCAGAACUAAAUGACAGUACAAGUGAGCUGCAGCGAAUGAUCACGCUGUAUGUCAAAAGAUGUGAAUCCUGUUGGAAAGAAGCAGGGGUCAUUUCCUGGCUAGAAGCCAAUGUCAAGGCUGUAUUAGAAAUUGUGAAUAAAGGGCAAGACCCUCGACCAAAAGAAUAUGCCCUUCUGAGGAAAAAGCGUUUUCGACGGCCACCACUUUCUACAGUAAGGCAUUAUUUUUUAUCUGAGAUUCAAGGUCUUGGCUUGCCUCGUCAAUACCUUGGCAGUUCACUUUUAAAUUAUGACCCUUUCCCUCCUCAUGACAGCAUUGCAGCUUAUUCAAGACCUCCAAGACAAACUGUGGCCUCAGAAGAUCAUAGUGGAGUACUUAGAACUUUACUUCGUUCACUGAUGCCAUCUUACAAUCCAUAUGAACCAUCUAAUAUGAGAGAUAGACAACAACUGAAUGCUAAUGAAGGUGAUGAAGGAGAAAAUGAAGGAGCCGUUGGAGGGAAUACAAUGAGCCAACAACUUGAACACAGUGUUCAGGCAGUUAUGCAAGCCAUGAGACAACUGUUAAGUCUGCCCUUUGGUCCAGCACAGGGACAAGAUGGAAACAACCAGGAAGAUCAGGUUGAGCUAGAAGAGAAUGAGAGAGAGUGGGAAGAAGAUGAGGACAACUUUGAUAACUUGAGGUGAUACCAAGUGAAAGUUAUAACUUAGUGCUGUGCUUUUGAUAACUUGAGGUGAUACCAAUUGAAAGUUGUAACUUUGUGCUGUGCUUGAUAGUUUUUUUUGUCUCCCUAAGGCUAUUUAAAACUAUCUUUAGUUGUUUUUUUGUAACAUAAAAAUGUUACAGUACCGUUAUUUUGUUGUUUCAUUAUAAUUACAACAUUAAUUAGAAUAGCUUGAGCUUUUGAAAAUACCUUACAUUCAUGAAUUUUGAAGCUAAUGACAUCCCUGGCUAUAAUUAUUGUACUGCUACAAAAUAUUAAUGUUAUAGUUGUUAAUUACCGGGUAUUGUAAGUCGACGGUCUAUUAAGAGCGAUGACCCACAGAAUGGUACACAAGUUGAAAACCAAAAAUGCCUGUUUUUAUUUCUAAGCAAAUUAAUGUGAAAAAGAAUUCCAAAUUGGUUUUCAGUUGAAUAUUAAUAUAGCAUAUCAACAUAAUUAAUUUUACACUAUUACGUAAACCAUCAGAACAUAAUAUUUUCCUAUGAUAAUAUUUUCCUAUGAUGUUGUAGCCCAUCAAGCUAUUUUUUUUAAGACUUAAAAAUUCGAGUGCACUGGGCAUAUUGAUUUUUUAACAACAAAUAUCUUCCUUCAUCACCUACAUCAGCCAGUUUGAAUAAAGAUGAAAGCUUGGCUACUUAUCCAUUGGGCUAGUAAAAAUAAUGAUUUAUUUCAGCAUCUGGUCUGUUCCAGAAUGCUGGUAUAAUAUACUACUGAAUAUAUUCUAAAAUUAAAAAAAUUUGUCCCACAAGUAAUCUGGAGGUCUAAUGCACUUUAUUUUUUCCUAUAAUGUAAUUUAAUUAUUUAUUUCAUUCUUGUGAUGGAAAUAGAAAAAAAUGCACAUAGUGUUUGACAAUGACUCAUGAAUGAAAAGUGAGAUUGUACCAGCUAUGAACUUGAUGGUAACUUGAAUACCAUGUUUGGAAAAUACAGUCUUUUUCUUUUCUAAAUUAAAAGUAUGUGAAAUAAAUAAAACAAAAAACUGUU